UAACAAAGAAUUACUAAUUAAAUAUUGUUUAAGUAAAUGAAAAUCAAAUGAUCAAGUAACAAGAACGAAAGGCAACGAGUAAUAAUCAUCAGCAUGUUGUGCUUCAAUAUAAAAUUAGCGACAAUUUUUCGCACUUAUCGCGAUGAGAGUGUACGUGACCGCAGCCAAAGUCUUUGUGCACCACCCACAACAACACGAGCACCACCACAUAAGGACAUAGGUGCUUUGCGUGUAUUGCAACGUCGUGCAUCGAGUGUCAUUUCAUCCGCCACUGAGCUUAUAUCGAGACGUGGAGUAUUUUCCCGACAACAUUACGGUUCAGUCGAUCAGCUACCACAAUCUGAGUUGGACAAUAUUGACCCUAAUCAUAAACGUUUUCGUGUAGAGAAUGGUGAAUCUUUGGCAGAAAAGGACGAGGUCUUUGGCUCGCCCAGUACACCAAUAUUGGAAAAUCCUGAACAUCAAACGCGCUGGUAUUUCAAGUAUUUCCUUGGAAAACUGCAUCAGAACUAUGUUGGUAUUGAUGCCGAAAAAUGUCCUUAUUUUUUGUCAGUGGUAUCACAAGAUUCAGGUCAUCAAGCCGCACCAAUGUAUCGCGCAAUUUUAUUCCGCAAGCAGGGUACACAGAAGAUAGCACUACCGUAUAAUGGUAAUCAAAAACUUACAGUGAAACAAAUACUUGCUCACUUUAGUGGGAUCGACGCAACGAGCACGAAAAAUCCAAAGGAGAUAUUUGCAGCCGAUAUACAAAAGGAUUUACUGCUGCUCGAAGAGCAGGAGGGUUCAGUUAACUUUAAAUUUGGUGUUGUUUACAUGAAACCGGGCCAGCGUUGCGAUGAUGAAAUGUUAAGUAAUGAAGAAGCUAGUCAAGACUUUGAAGAUUUUCUUGAUGUCCUCGGCGAACGUGUACGUCUCAGGGGUUGGGAUCGCUUUCGUGGCGGCUUAGAUGUUAAAGGAGAUAUGACUGGAAAAUAUUCUGUUUACACUCUAUAUGAAGGUCAUGAGAUAAUGUUUCAUGUUUCAACACUUCUGCCUUUUUCAAAAGAUAAUCGACAACAGGUUGAACGGAAACGUCACAUUGGGAACGAUAUUGUUAAUAUAAUAUUUAUCGAUCAAAGCGUAGCACCAGCACCAGCGCACACAUUCCUACCCACAAUGUUUGAUCCGACAUGGAUAAAAAGCCAGUUUACACACAUAUUUGCGGUAGUUACUAAAGCGAAGCAAACAUAUCGUUUGGCGAUAUUUUGCGAUGAAAAUGUUCCGCCAUUCGGCCCGACACUACCAAACCCACCAGAAUUUAAUGAUGUCAAUAUGUUUCGUGAAUUUUUGCUUGUCAAAUUAAUUAACGCUGAGAAAGCUACAUUUCAAACACCAAUAUUCUCACAGAAACGUGAACGCACUUUGGAAAUGUUGAUUAAAGAUUUGCACGAGGAUUACAUUGGCGAUAAUAAAAUGAAUAUGCUGAAUCGGCGAGCUUUCUCGGAGGUUUUAUACGACGUGCCAAGAACAUCAAAACUUAAAGAAGAUGCUCGGCAAAUUGAAUUUGUGCGUAUAGGUCAGGCUCUCAAGCUGGAAGCCAUUGUAAAAGGUGAUGCUCCCACCAGUAUUGCUUCCGCCAGUCCCUGUACCAUUUUCAAGAAACCACCUUGGGAACCAUAUUGUUUUUAUCCAACAUUUCCGCAUCGCGGCUCAUUGGCAGGUGAUUCAUUCGGCAUAGAUGACGAAGGUCUAUUCAUAGCAACAGAUGACGGUACAUUUCUGAUUAAAGAAGAUCAAUCGUUGCAAUUAGUUUUUGAUAAAACUUUGCUUAUACGACAAUUGAAUAUUUUGGAAGAGCAUGGCUUGGUUUUAAUACGCGGCGGGUCAUUAAAUAAUCGCGAUGCUCAUCGCGUGCACGUGUUUCGGCUAAGAGAAUUUUAUGCGAAACGACCGGAUGACACGAUUAAAUGUCGUUCUCGAUCAGAAAUUAAAGAUCGACGCAUUGAACGAACCAGAGGUUGCCAUUUAUUCGCGAGCUGCCGUGCAAAUGGCGGACAUUUACGUUUGGUAGUAAUAGUUGGUCGACGAAUGCAACUAUUUCAAUGGAAACAUACUGCCGCCUGGGCUUCCUGGUGCUCUGAAAACGAUAUAGAAACAGCUGAAGGUUUUAUUUAUCAAAAAGAGAUAUCACUUAAUGACACGCCUACCAUAGUGACACCAUUAGAAGGCCCCACCAAUACUACAAACGGAGGGCUAAUAUGUGUUGGUUAUCGCUAUCAUUAUGAAAUCGUUUGCGAUCAAACGGGAGUUGCUACACGUUUACAUGAAGUUGAAUCUUCGAAACGGAAUCAAACGCAACUAACCGCAGCCAUAGAAUUAUGCGAUGGUUUAGAGACCGAGUUAUUGCUAUGUUAUAACCAUACUUGUCAUUUUCAAAAAUUAAAUGACAAAGAUGACUCACGAAAUGAAUUCGAUUUCCACUGGAAUACCUCACCUACUUCUGUGGUUUGCGCCUUCCCUUAUAUACUGGGUUUCACAUCAGACUCAAUGGAAAUUCGUUUGCUGGUCAAUGGAAAUUUAGUGCAUACAGCUAUCCUGCCGGAAUUACAAAUGAUAACUUCUAAACGUGAUAUAUUCUUUGUAACAACAGCUCCAGAAUUUAUGUCCAAAGAUCUUAAUAUUAGAGGUCUACAAAUUCAAGAGCAUGCCAGUGAAAAACGUUUCGUAACUACACCAAGCGAAUGUUCCUCAAACGAAGAGUUGACGCGUGAGAGUCUCAGUAUUGGGGAUCAACAAAUUUGCGGCAAUACGUCCAAGGAAUUACCUAUAAAUCCAGAACAUGAGAUGAAUAACUUACUCGAAAUUCCUGCUAUGCCUGGUCAAGAUCCGCCGCUCAUACAAAGGGCGCGGUCUCUACAAAAGAGUGCCCAUGUCGAAGAGAAACCCAUAAUAGCCAAAAGUAAUUCAUAUGGAGACAGUUACAAUAAUUCAGCGCAACGUAAGGGUUCUGUUAUGGAAGCUCAUUUAGUCGGUGUACCACCUAAUUCGCCGCGUAACGGCACCACAUGUGCAAAUUCGUUACAAAAUAAACAAAAUUCACCCAUGUCUCCGACGAAACGUAAUUCAAAGUAUCGCAAUCUCUUUAACAGCACUAACACUACUCCAACAACAGAAAACUAUUCAAGUUCGCCAGAUCGAUCAAAACCUUUACGUAUUUAUCGCAUACCCUUAACAAAGUUAACAGGGACUCAUUCUCAUUUCAAUAUGCAUUCGUUUAGUGCUACGAAUGCUGCAGCCAAACAAAAUCGCGAACGCGAAAUAAUAUCGAUUAAUUUACGCGAUUAUCGUCAAACAUCUAUUGAUGUAACGUUACCCUUAAAAAUGGAACAAAACGAAUGACAUUUGUAUAAGACAGACAUUAAAGAAAAGCUUCAACAACAAACACUUACGCCCACGGGCAUGGUAUUUAUGGAAAAGCGUAAAUCUAUAGAUCGUUACGAUUUUGAUGACAACAAGUUCAAUGAAGAAGACGAACGCAGAUUUGAAAUGUUGAUGCUUCAGCGCUAACGUAGUUAAUAGUUAAAAAAAAAAAAAGAAGAAAAAUAUUUGAAAAGUUUCAUUUAAAUCAUACUAAUUGAAUUAAUU